AUGUACGAUGCCUCUACAGACCCGGAAGACCACCUCUCGGUAUUCCUGACGCAUAUGCGCCUGCAAACCGCCGCUGAUGAGGUUCGCUGCAAGACCUUCCCUAUGUUCCUAAAGGGGAAGGCGCGGCUCUGGUUCCAGGGACUGAAACCGGGGUCCAUACGGAGCUUUCCCGAGCUGGCCCGGCAGUUUGCAGCCCAGUUCGUCUCUUCGAAGGUUUACGCGAGGAACGCAACCCACCUGAUGUCCAUCAGGCAAAGGCCCGACGAGUCACUGAGGAAUUUCAUGACCCGCUUCAAUGCGGAGGGCCUGCAGGUCAGGGAUAAGGACGAAAAAGUGGUGAUUGCCGCCUUCACAAACGGGCUCAGGGUGGAGGAGCUUUUCUACGACCUGGCCAAGAAGCCUCCCGUAAGCCUGGAAGAGCUCCUACGCAGGGCGCACGAGACUGCUAAUGCGGAGGAGGUAGGUCGCCUAAAGAAAGAAUCAGAUCGGGAGAUCGGAGAUCGCAAAGGCCGGACCAACCCCCCAGAGGGCAAGGAGGCCCCGGCCAAGAAAAACGUCUUUGAUCGGCUCUCGAAGGAGAAGGCCCCUGUUCUGCCACCACUCUCAGAGAAGACCUACACCCCUCUAACACGGCCUAGAGCCCGUUAUGGAGGCGGAAGGGCUGGGAGAUCGGCCGCCCAAGAUGGGGACGCCCCGGAACAAAAGGAACCAAGACCGAUAUUGCGCCUUCCACCGUGA